AAAGACACACUGGCACUUACGUAGUCUAGAGGCAUAAGUAGUCGAACAUUUUCAUAAGAUUGACAUCACUGUUAGUUCGAUAAUCUAUCGAACGCGCACUUGAACUGACAGGAAUCAACAACCGCGCUACGACCCUCCUCCAUGCACUCAGUCAGCGCUGCCACCACCAGAAUUUACAAGGACGAGUCCUCACAAUAAUUCGUCUUCAGCAACCAAAGCGACAACCUGAAAAAUGUCUGGUCCGAAAGUAGCGUAUUUGCAGAAUGAGGAUUACCCGGAUUUGACGAUGAUAGGAAGCAUCGAAGUUGAGGCGAUAGAGAAUGGGGAGGGGGGAGCUAUUCAUAGCAUCGAGCUAUUACCACCCGACGAGGGCGAUGACAACAGCAGUUUUGAAACGAAAGUAGAUACAGACGCGUUGAGGAACGAAAACACGGAUUCCUCCAUAUUGGAUGGCUGGGCUGCUUCGUUAAUGGGAUGCGUCGCCUGUGAGACCUUCAACCCUAAAUCUGCCUUGCGCAAGAAAAUUCCUUGUACCGACACUUCGGUUAAGCAAACAGUGUCUUUUGGUCACCUACAUAUCAGUGAGUUCAACAUGACCCUUGGAGAUCACCCUUCCGCCACCUCAGGACCACCAGUAGCCCUAGGCUGGCAACGUCUUGGAGCAACCCGAGAAAUCCACUUGGACGAUUACGAACGUGCGCGAAUGCCCCGACGGAAACGCCGCCAUCUGAAAAUUCCCUACCGAGAUCGACGUGCCCUUUUGGAGAAAGAUGCGGGCUUUUCCGAAACCGAAGUCAAUCAGGCAUGGGCUGAAGCCUUGCAAAUUCGUAAACAGCGCCAAGAAACAUUGCAACGAGGACUCUUUCUCAUGGUAAUUGACGAUUUUUGCGAAUCGGCAUCCAGGAAAUAUCAAAGAAUGUCGGACGGCAUAACACAAGCUAUCAUGCGCAAUGAUCAAGUUCUUUUCUCGAAAAAAAAUUUAGGCGACUCAUGGGAGCAGCAUGACACACAAUAUACGCCUGGAAGCGUUCAUACUUUUGUUGUGCUCAAGCAUCGAGUGGGCCAUUCGGUGCAAACGAUGGCGCUUCCUCGAUAG